ACCACCGACGCCACAGCUUUCUUCAUACGGUCAACGCCACAGCUUAAAAAUAAUUGCACAGACAGAUAGAAAGCAAACACAAAAUAACAAAGCUCCAUUAAAUAUUAAAUUAAUUGUACAAAACCUGGAGGAAAUUGAGAGAGAGGCCCAGAAUUUUCAAUGGAAGAUUUCAGAUCUAAGUCUUUUGGCGAUGGAAGAAUGCAAUUACAGACAUAUAAUGGCCAUGGAGCACUGGGACCCGCAUCAUCAUCAUCAACAGGCGUGAGUGGCAUGCAAGAUCUCAGAUGCUACAGUGCGUCUUAUGCAUCUUCAGCUUACCCAAACCAAACCCAGAUUGGUAAUACCGAUGUUAAGUUCAAAAAGGGGAAGUCAAUGAAUGGGUCGGUUUCUAAAAACUGGAGCUUUAAUGAUCCGGAGUUGCAAAGGAAGAAAAGAGUGGCUAGCUAUAAGGUUUACACUGUAGAAGGGAAAGUUAAAGGGUCUUUGAAGAAGAGUUUUAGGUGGCUCAAGGACAGGUACAGUAGAGUCGUUUAUGGCUGGUGGUGAUUUCUGAAUUUAACUUCUAUUCUUCGAUUUUUCUAUGUUAUGUUUUUGGGCUUUCUAAGCUGUGUACUGUACUGUUCUUUUCGAGUAUAUGAUAAUUGAAUGUUCUUAAAUUGGUUGUGGAGAUGAAAGUGCCUUGAUUUGGGAAUUGUGAUAAGUUUGUUGGUUCUAGAAAUAUUGUGUUCGGAUAAACAAGUUCUGAUAGGAAGCUGGGAGUUUUUUAGGCGUCUAUUCCUUUCCUGGAGUCUUAUACCGGUGUCAUAGAGCUUAUAUUUGAAAUUGAAGUCAUAUGAUUGUGAUUUUUCCUUUUUUA